AUGGCAGGCAGAAGGGCAGAGUGUGAAGCGAUUGCUCACAAUGGCAAUCAAGUCAGCAAAAUACCGUCUGAGACUUCAUUGAGGGGACUGGCCUUUGGAGGAGAGCAACUUCAGCUCCUUGUAGCGAAGCACUUGGUGAAUGUCUGCGGUCAGUUGUCCUCGCCACCACUGCUCCUCCAGCUCCACGGGACCCAGCAGCGCGCCCAGCCUGACGCGGCAACUCAAGUCCAGAACCGUGGCCCUCACAGCCCCAUGUACAAGGAAGAACAAGAAAUUCUGAAAUAUAGCAGUGAAAAUGAGGAUUUUAGCGUGUCCAGGGAAGUUCAUAUGAUUCAGAAGACUAUGACUCUGGGCUACAAGGCUCACACCCUAUUUAGGGAGUCUCUAAGAAAAUCUAAAGAAAAUAAGGAGUCAGCCUGGACGGCGCCUUUUGAAAGAGUGUGGACGCGGCCCAGGACGGCGACCUCAGGCGCGCUCUUCGCAAACCUGGUGCCAGGCUCUCGAGGCGCCUCCAGCAAGUACCUGGUGGAGUUCCGGGCGGGAAAGAUGUCCCUGAAGGGGACCCCGGACAAGCAGAAAGGGCUGGAGUACAUCCAGCAGACGGACGACUCGCUCAUUCACUUCUGCUGGAAGGACACGACGUCCGGGAACGUGGAAGACGACUUCACCAUCUUCCCUGACGACUGUGAGUUCAGGUGGGUGCCGCAGUGUCCCAGCCGGGGGGUCUACGUGCUCAAGUUCAAGGCAGGGUCCAAGCGGCUUUUCUUCUGGAUGCAGGAACCCAAGACAGACCAGGACGAGGAGCACUGCCGGAAAGUCAACGAGUACCUGAACAACCCCCCGAUGCCCGGGGCGCUGGGGGCCAGCAGGAGCGGUGGCCACGAGCUCUCUGCGCUAGGCGGUGAGGGCGGCCUGCAGAGCCUGCUGGGGAACAUGAGCCACAGCCAGCUCAUGCAGCUCAUCGGACCAGCUGGCCUCGGAGGACUGGGUGGGCUGGGGGCCCUGACGGGACCUGGCCUGGCCAGCUUGCUGGGGAGCGGCGGGCCUCCAGGGAGCAGCUCCUCCUCCAGCUCCCGGAGCCAGUCGGCAGCGGUCACCCAGUCAUCCAUCACCUCUUCCACCCGUGCCACCCCGAUCCCUUCUGCUCUAGCAGCCACCUCGGCAACCAGCCCGAGCCCCGCACCCAGUUCCGGUAACGCAGCCAGCACAACAGCCAGCCCGACCCAGCCCAUCCAGCUGAGCGACCUCCAGAGCAUCCUGGCCACCAUGAAUGUGCCAGCUGGGCCGGCAGGCGGCCAGCAAGCGGACCUGGCCAGUGUGCUGACGCCGGAGAUCAUGGCUCCCAUCCUCGCCAUCGUCCAGGAGCGCCUGCUUCCCUACUUACCAUCUGGGAAGUCACUGCCACAGACCGCAGACGAGAUUCAGAACACCCUGACCUCGCCCCAGUUCCAGCAGGCCCUGGGCAUGUUCAGUGCGGCCUUGGCCUCAGGGCAGCUGGGCCCCCUCAUGUGCCAGUUCGGUCUGCCUGCAGAGGCUGUAAAAAUGUAUAUCUCACAGCAACACGAGUCAACUGAUUAAGAAAAAUAACAAUUC